AUGACGCCAAUCGUCACCGAGAGACAAGCACAUAGCUCCGACCAAUCGAUACUCCGCGACACGAUUACAUCCCACGCUGGAUCAUCGGUGAGCGAGAUCGAUGAUGCCGAUCUCGAGGAGCUCGCGAAGGGGGAGUGGUUGGGUCGCAAAAGAGAGAGCAAGUCACGGAGAGACGCCAGAGCGGCACGCAGGAAACGAGAAGAGGAGGCCCGGAAACGUAAAAGGUCACCGGGUUAUUGGAGGCAGCGCCGGGAGGAGGAAGAUGCAGAGAUUGCGCAGAUGGCAAGGGAAGAGAGGCCGUCGAAGCUCAGCAAGCCACGUGUGAAAGUAUUCUGGUCAUUGAACGAAACCAGGCGCCUGGUACGAUUGUGGGAAAGGCAUCCCAAUGAAUGGGCAAAGAUCGAACGAUUGGACCGAGCGAGCGACGACCCGCAGUUAACCACCUGCACCCAGGUGGAUUUGAAAGAUAAGAUGCGGAACAUCAAAAUAUGGAUGCUGAAGAAUGGGAGACAGCUCUCCGCAAAAUGGGCGCGCAUUAGUUUAACCAUGGCGCAAAAGCGAGCAGUUGCCCAAGCUCAUUGGGGUGAUACCCAGGGCAGGGAACGAAAUCUGACCUGUUAG